AUGCACUGGCGUGACCGCGACCGUCGCACGCGCAUCUCGACACCUCGCCGCGCACCACGCUGCACACGCAGAAGCACACGAGCUUCCGACUCACCGUAUUGUUCAGAAACAUAUAAUUUGUCCACAAUGGCAGCCAAGUUUAUCAUCUUCUUUGCUAUCUUCGCUCUCAGCCAAGCUAGUGUAGUGCGCCGAGAUGCACCUGCGCCUACUUCCAGUUUCCUGCAGGAUUUCGAGAAGCGUGUUGCUGAUUUCCAAAAGACCUUCAGCGAACAUUUCCAAGCAGUCACCAACUCGAAGAACGUUCAGGACGUAAACAAGGCGCUCAAGGAUGGUUCCGACGAAGUUUUAAAGCAACUGUCCACGCUGUCAUCUAGCAUCCAAAGUGCGUUGACCGACGCUAACGGCAAGGCUAAGGAGACCCUGGAGCAGAUGCAGCAGAACGUGCAGAAAACCGCGGAGGAACUGAAGCGCACUCACCCUGACGUUGAGAAGAACGCCAAUGAGCUGCGCAACAAGCUACAGACCGCCGUGCAGUCCACCCUGCAGGAGUCCCAGAAGUACUUCAAGGAAGUGGCCACCAAUUUGGAGCAGAGCAACGAGAAAUUGGCUCCUAAGAUCAAGGAGGCGUUCGAAGAGUUCGUGAAGCAGGCCGAGGCCGUGCAGAAGAAGGUGCACGAUGCUGCUACCAAACAGUGA